UAAACUUCCAUUUGCUUGUCUAUAAAGCCACACCAACCCUCCAAAAGAAACACAACAAAAAUACACUUCAAUUAAUAAAGCCAUCCCCUUUUACAUUUUCUCUGCUUCAGCUAGGCUUCAACAACAAAACCCAGAUACCAUUUUCUCUCUUUUCAACCUUUCUGCAACAUCUAUGGCUCGUUCUACUGUCCUGGCGCUCAUUUUCUUGGUACCCUUCGCUGCAUUUUUGUCAAAUAUUGAGGGCAGGAAGCUGUUGAUGACUGAUACAGAGGAGUACAAUAAAAAAGAGGUAAGAAUUACUGUCCCUUCUCUGUUUGAGAGCUUGUUUUUCAGUGCCCUUCCAAAGGGUACAGUUCCAUCUUCUUCUCCAAGCAAUAAGGGUCAUGCCACAUUAGAUAAUGAGCAGCUCUUCCAGAGGCAUCUCGCCAGCAUCGAUCGGAUUCUACAGUCUGUUCCAAGCCCUGGUGUUGGCCAUUAAGACUCUCACCCCAAGUUUCCAUAUUAAUGAAAUACACUACCUGCUUUUGUCGCUAGAGUUUUAAUAAUUUUUUAGUUCUUUUUUUUCCUGGUGGGUUAAAUGUAUACAUAAGUGUAUAGAUACUAAGGCUUUAAUUCUCUUUCAUUAAUUUGCUUUUUCUUACAAGGUAUUGAUUUGCAUGUAUCCCUUUACAUCGAUGAGACUUUUUUUUUUUUUUAAGCAGUUGAUUAGAGUCUUGUGAGACUGUAAAAUUUCUUUUAAUUUUUCUGGUCUAUAGACACAAAUAUAAAGAUUGAUAAUAAAUGAUAUAUUCAGAGGUCUGUCCGCAA